AUGCACCAAAUUCUACUGUAUCUUUUACUGAUUUUCGGCUCAAUUUUGGCGUUUCCUUUCGAGAAUUUCGUUGAAAGCUCAUCGCCGAAUCAUCCCAUUUUUGUCGUUCGUCCGAAAUUACAACAAAAAUUUGAAGAUUACAGCCUUGAAUUCGACGACAUCCCAAGCAGCAGUCGACCGAGAAGAACGAUGAGCUCACGAGAGAUUUCCGAUAUCAUUCAAUUAAUGGAAGCACAACAACAAGAACAAGAACAAGAACAAGAACAAAAACAAGAACAAGAGCAAGAUCAAGAUACAAUUCAAACGAGUUCUCUCCGCUUCUCAGUGAGCCCUCAAACGGCUCGACCCACAUUUGUGAAUGCGAUUGUACUUGGUGAUCAGCCAUCGAGUUUCAUGCGUCCCUCCGCCCGUCUCCGUCAAUUUUCCGCGAUUUCUUCUCGUCCUUCCCUUGAUGAUUUUGUGAUCAUCAGCUCGAAUAAACGAUUUCAUUAU